UACAUGUCACGUGCUUAAAGGAUGUACGUUGAGAGUCCUCAAGAUUCGAACAUAACACACAUCGCGCGAUUAAAAACUCUAAUACUAUAUGGAAAACUUAUUAGUUCUGAAUUCCCGAUGAUUACUUGAUAAAUAAUACGUUGGAAAAGACACAUCGACAAAAUACAGUUUCCAGAUAACCCUAACAGCUUCCUGCUGGUCUCUCCGCUCCAACAAAGUUUUGUGCAUCAACUGUUUGGACGUACGUCCUGAUCCAAACAACAAACCGGCAGCGGAUCGCCGAUCGGAUUCCCAUAAAACGGCAACAGAACAUCAGCAAAACGACAACUGACGAACAAUAGAAAGAAGAGGGCACUAUCCCUCCAGUAUUCAAUAUAUACUUUUAAUUAAAUCAUCAUUAAGGCACUACUAAUUAUUAGAUCACACAAUAUGGCCAUCCACAAAAAGUUACUAACGACGGUCGUUUUAGCGACGGUAUUAAUAUCCAUGGCGCAUCCUUCGAUCCAGGAGCUGACGGUUCACGUCACGAACAAGCUGAGCAGCAAGGUGCUGAUAGUGCACUGUCGGUCCGGCGACGACGAUCUCGGCCCCCACGGCGUCGAGAUCGGUGCCGAAUUUCGAUGGAGUUUCAAGUCGAACGCUAUGGCGACGACACUUUUCUGGUGCAACCUCGCGGUGGAAGAUAAGCGUCUUUCUUUCGUUGCGUACGGGGACGAGGUGCCGUAUUUUUUCGAGCACUGGAACGUGUACGACGGUGGGGUUUACGGGAAGGAUAUACGCACCGGCGGUGAACGGUUCAUGGGUGCGUGGAGGCGAAUUUGGCUACCGUAGAACAUUUUUUUUUUCAUGGAUUAUGUGUAAAUUAUAACUUCUCUUUUUCUUCAUUAAGCAAGCCCUUCUUUCUUAGUUCAAAGAAGAGCUCUCUUGGACCAUUGAACUAACUGUGAGGUAAGUUAGGUUUGCACCUGAUUUCGUAUUUGAACCUCUUCCAAUUAUUCGAAUUGUAGAAAUGAAUUGGUUCUUAAUUAAUGGUUUCCAUCACGCAGUAACCUACAAUUUGUUGCCAACGUUUCAUUGUAAUAUGCAACGGAAUCUAAUUUCCGUCUCCAAUGACCAAAAUUAGGCCGGUCCUUUCGACAAUUCUUUUAGGCGACGAAUAUGAAUGUCGUGCAAUUGUAUCUUACAUGACGGGAAACAUUUCGGUCACUAAAAGCCUUCAUCACUGGUCCUAGGAUACAAUUCUGUCACACAUACACGUGCAUGCUUCCAAAAUGUGGUGCCAGAAAAUUCCUAUAGCUUUUUUACUAUUUUGAAAAGAGAAUAUUUGGAUUAGAUACAAAUAUUUUUUUUUUACUAUUUUUUAUAUCAAAUAGGUUGAUGUACUUUGAAAUAUAAUUAUAUGGUAUUAUGUUAAAAUUUUAUCAACCAUAACUGAACCAUGUUCUGGAUAACAAAAAUGUCUAAAAUAUCUCCAAUAAUUUUACUUUAACAUG